CUAUGCCACGUUUCAGAGGGUUUUAUACGACGCACACCUGUAAGUUUAGUGGCAUUAAAAAAUGAACCUUCUAAACUGAUACUCCACCUCUGAAUUCCUUUCAAUCGGAAAACAAGCACUAAGUACCCACAUCUGAACUUCAGAUUCCAACUUAUCGAUCAAAGGAAAAGCCAUUGUUGAAAAAUGGCGGUUGAAGGUGCUAAUGACAGCGGGUAUAUUCACCCUCCCAAGUAUAGGGAUAGAUAUGUAAAUAUUUCAAAUUACUCAGGUUUACUGCUACUGCCUGAAGUACGGGACUGGCUAUCUGUUGAUGAGCAAGCCAUAUUUAAGGGCACCGCAAUUGGCCAUCUACUUUUGGUGCCAGAAGAUUCCAAAUUCAGCGGCAGCGUUGUUCAUUUCUUACUUUCGAGGGAGAUUCACAUGGAUGAUAAACCAGAUGAAAUGCACUUUAAAGUUGGUGGAAAAGUAUUGCAUUUUGGCAAGAGAGAAUUUGCUUUGAUUACAGGGCUUAGUUUCAAGAAACCGGAGAAAGAUUUCAUAUCUCCACCCAAUUCCUCAUCCCUAAUGAGGACCUAUUUCCCCAACCAAAACCGUGUAAGUGGAUCCAAAGUGAAGGAUCUCCUCUCCAAAAGGAAUUCUACUUGCUCUUCUCUAGACAAGGUGAAAUUGGCAUUACUUUUGGUUGUGCAUAAAUUCUUAAUGGGCCGUCCAGAUAGAGAUACCAUAAACAUCAGUUAUUGGCAUUUAGUUGACGACUUGGAGGAAUUUAACAAGUACCCUUGGGGCGAAGCAACAUUUGGUAAAAUUGCAAAAUUUAGAUCACCACUGCUUUAUCAAGCCAACAAAGAGAACAGUGGUGCCGGUGGGGAAUGUUACAAAGUUGUCGGAAUUGCACAUGCCUUGUUGGUUUGGGCUCUCGAUAUCAUGCCUGGGCUGCUUAAUCUAUGUGGACGAAAGAUAGAAAGUAGAGGCUGGCAGCCUCAUAUGCUUUGUGUAUUAUGCACGCGAUCUCCGGAGUAUCCCCGUCUUAUUCGAACACUAGAAGUGAAUGAUGUUCAUGUCCUCUCAGAUAUAAUGUGGCAAAAGGGUGAUGCAAAUCAGUUACUAGUGCUUGGCUUAGAGGAAGGUACAACGGAGUUAAGUUCUUUUAUCUGGACAGAGAAAGAAAGACACGAAUACCAUGGGGAAUCUUCUCAGAGGGACUCUUUUCAUGAGACGGAAGAUUGCAAUCAAGACCACGAAGUCCCAGAUGCGGCGUCUGUCUUGCUUUCCAAAAAGAGAAAGGUAAGUACAGAAGAGAAUGAGUGCGGCACCAGUAUGAAGGACUCGCAUAGCAAGGAUGUACACAAAGGGAAUAUGUCAUCUUGUUCUAGAGAAAAAACUACAAGAACUGAAACACUUGAAGUGGAUAUCAGUCCUUUCCCCCCAGGGUUUACAAGGGCUUCAGUUCAAGAGAGAGUGGAAGGAUUUGAACGUGUGGACAACUUAAAGAUCCCAGAAGAGUAUGUAAUUUUGUACAAGAAGAUAUAUGAAAAGCAUGGGCAUAUGGCGACUAAAAAAGUCAUCAAGUUCAAUGAUGCAAUGUUACUCACAUGUGUUACCAGUUUAUUGAAGAUCAUCUCCGCUAUGGAAUAUGUGCGAGGUUCAGAAUUGAGUGAAGCAUUGCUGGAGAGAUGGGAAGGAUUCAUCAAAGAUGCCGAGUCCUUGGAAUUCAAUAUUAAGUGGCUUCGUAAAGGAUUCAAUCGACUUAGGUACCAUUGGAGGUCUUCAUUCGGGAUAGAUACAGAAAUUGAAAGCCAUAUACAAGUAUUGGAUGUAAUGCAGGUCAGAUAUGAUGGCCUUUUGACAAGAGAAGAUGAACUUAAUGCUGAACUUUCCAAGGUAAAAAUUCAGAAAAGAAAAGCUGAAGCGGCAAUAUCAUGCGAGCUGAUAGCUACUCAAGAAAAGCUGACUCAGAAAAUCAAAUUUAAAAAUGAAGUUGUUCUAGGUUUAGUGCUUAGCUGAAUUUGUAUAUUUACUGGUCGUGAUACGAUGAAAGAAGCAGUUUUAUGAGCCAGACAAAGUGACUUACAGUCUGUCCGUCUUGUAAAUGGGUAACAUGUCUGUAAAUUUUAUGUCAGUGUUUUAACUGGGAGUGUCUGUGAGACAGUUAAACUUGCAUAAGUAACAUUGGCCAUCUAUUUUCACCUUUUGAUUUUUGUCAAGU